AUGGCUGAGUCCUGGAGCCUCAGUGACUCUGAGCUAUUCUACAGCUUUGAGCUGCUGCCUAACAUCACCAACAGAACUGAACUGAACUCCUACAUCCUUCAUGGACAAAAUCACACAGCAGGAUAUGUGUGCAGAGCAGGAAGAGGAGAUCCAGCAGAUUUCACUGCUUACAGUGAACCAAAGUUUAUCUGGUUUCCAGAUCCUCAUCCAGCAGCGUCUCUCUCAGUGAGUCCUGACAGAGUUCAACACUUCAAAUCUGACUCUGUGUCUCUGAGCUGUGAGGGAAACUCUACUGAAUGGACAGUGAAGUGGAUUACAGAAAUAGGUUUACUGUUUGACUGCUUCUACAUGGGGAACAUGAACAGAUCUACAUGUAGCAACAAUAUGGACUGGUAUCAUAGUGGAGUGUACUGGUGUGAGUCUGGAUCAGGACACUUCAGCAACUCCGUCAACAUCACUGUAAAGAAAGAUAUUAAUGGUACUAUCCUGGUCAGCCCCGUCCAUCCUGUGACUGAGGGAGAUCCUGUUACUCUGAGCUGCAGAUAUAAAGAACAAAAACUUCUCUCCAAUGUGUUUUUCUAUCACAAUAACAAACUGAUCCACAAUGACAGCAGAGAGGAGCUGAAGAUCUCUGCAGUGUCAAAGUCAGAUGAAGGUUUCUACAAGUGUGAACAUUCAGGAAAGGAGUCACCACAGAGCUGGAUGGCUGUUAGAGUUCCUCUCACCAGUCCUGUCAGCUCUUCACUUCCUGUGCUGCUGAUCGUUGGACCAGUUAUUGGACUCAUUCUCAUUAUUCUCCUGAUGUUGUUGUGGUGCUGCAGACGGUCUAAGG